CAGAGCCCGGUAUAUUCUCCAGUCGUUCUAAAACCACCGACUUGCACGUUUCCCUUUAUAUAUAUUGUACACAUUGAAACCAGGUGAACAGGUGUUUGGUUUCAAAACUAUUCAGGUGGCUUUUAUUCCAAUUAAAACGACGAGCGUUCUAUAAAAAUUUUAUUCAAAAAAAAAAUGAGCGCCGUCAAGAAUUUUGCGCUUCUCGCGAUAUUGGGAAUAUUUUUUCAAACAGCAUUCAGCAUCAAAUGUUUUAGGUGCGAAAGCACAAAUAGUUCAAAUCCAUUUCAAUGCAACGAAUAUUUACGAGAUGACUUCGAUUUGAUACCAGAAUCGUGUGAUGAUGUUUAUGGUGCUCAAUUUUGUGUUAAACGCGUUGGCCGUUUUGAUGGACUGGGAAUCAAUUGCUAUCAAUGUGCAUCGGCAACUGAAUGGGAAUGUGGAGAUGGACAAUUGGUGAUGGAAACAUUUCAACCAAAAAGUUGCGAUCACAUCUUCGAGGCACAAUAUUGCAUUAAAUCCAUUGGAACAUAUGGAGGAGGUAUCGGUACAAAGCGCGAAUGCUCUUCACACAAUCUUGGCAACUAUUGUGACUACGUUCAACAACCUGGCGACAAAUUAGAGUAUCGAACAUGUAUUUACACAUGUACAGGAGAUGGUUGUAAUCCGGCAACAAAAUCAUUACCAAAUCAAUUAAUUAUCGUUUCUUUAAGUAUUUUUCUUAUUUUCCCAACACUAUUUCGAAGAUAAAGGUGCCUGAUAAUUGUUAGUUAAAAAAUGGGCAUAAUUGUUGGCCGACUAACGUAGUCAGGCGGGGGGAAGCGCGCGAAACAAUUUGAAUUCAAAAUUCAAAGUGUAGAAAAAAAGUUUCUCCAACGAAAUAUUCUCACUUUUUUCUCUUCUUAAAAUUGACAAAUAUUUCAAAAAUUGAUAAUUAAAUAUAAAAACUAAUUAAAUAAUAAUGUAAAUAAUAUAUUAUCUAUCGUUUUUUUAAAAAUAUUUUUAAAAUAUUUUUAUAUUUAUUUUUUUAUUUUAAUUAAAAAAAUUAAAAUUUUUAUUUUCAUUUUUGUUCACAAAAAAAAGUUGUUUAAAUAUUAAUUUUGAAAAUAAAAAUUUAUUUGUUUCUAAAUUUUAUUAUAAUUGAAAUAAAUUUUUAUAAAAUUUAAAAUUAAAAAAUUUUAAUUAAAAAUUUUUUACAAAUAAUUUAAUUAUUUAAAUUGCAUAUUAUCAUAAUUUUACGAGAAUUAUUUAAAAAAAAAAUGAAAGUAAUUUUUUAAUGAGUGAAACUUUGUGCUAACCGAAUUUUGAAUUUUGCAAUUCAUUGAACAAAAAAUUACUGUAAGAAGAUAUUUAGGGUAAAUUUACAUUUUAGAAAAUGUAAAUCUUAGAAUUAUAAUAUUUACAGAGAAUGCAAAACAAAAGCAUUGAAAAAAAAAAAUAAUUGUAAUUGCAUUAGAAAAAAAUUUUUGAAACACAGUCAAUGUAAAUAUAGAAUAUUUACAUCAAUGUUACCGCAAUAUAAAAAUAAUUUUUUUUUUUAUUUAAUAUAUAAUGUAAUAAUUUAAUACUCUAGCAUUUGAAACAAAUUGAAAGUUUCCAACAAAUAUUGAAUCUCAUAGAAAAUAAUUUUUUUUUUUUUAAUUAAUUUUUAAAUAAAUAUUGAAUAUAUUUUCAAUAUUCUUGGAUAAGUUUAUUGGUUUUAAUAUUUUUAAUUAUAUUUUAAAUAUUUCCAAUAAUUUUCAUUAUUUUUAAAUAUUUAUAAAUUUGUCCAAUUAUUUUAAUUAUUUUUAAAUAUAUUUAUAAAUUUAUUCAAUUAUUUUGAAUCUUUAUAAAUAUAUUAUUAAUAUUUUCCAAUAAUAAUUUAAAGUAUUUGAAAUAUUUUUAAAAAUAUCAAAACAAUUUUCAUCGUUAAAAAAUUGUUUAAAACGAUUUAAACAAUUUUUUUUUUAAAUUUACAUUAUAGUUUUUUAUAUUUUUUUAAUAACUAAUUUUCCGUCCAUUUGAUAAAUAAACAUUCUGUUAUCUUUAUAAUAUUGUACAAUAUUUUUUGUAUAUUAAAAAGAAGAUGAACUGAUUUAUUUUUUAUAUAUCGUUUUAUUAUUUUCUAAAUAAGUGUUAGCUUAUAAUUAAUCACAUACUUCAUCAAUACACACAAAUAUCGACCGCUUACAACAUACAUAUAAUAAUAAUAAUAAUAAUUAAUAAUAAUGUAUAUAUAAAUGUAUAAUGUUUAGAGAUUAAAAUUGUGUUUCAUCAUUGACAAACACAUAUCGCAAAUAAUAUUGAUAAUUCGAAAAAUACAUUUUGUGCAUAAAUUCUGCGACACAAGUUUUCUUUGGCAUUGUGUACAUAAGGCAUUAAAAAAAAAAUCAACGCCUUCGAAAAAUUCGUUUGCCAAACUUUUGUUUUUUUUAUUCCUCGAUUUUUUUUUUAAAUCUAAAAGCCAUCAGACAAAAAGCAGAAAAAAAUUAUAUAAAUAAAUAAAAAGCAAAGAAAAAUUACCAAAAAAAAAAGGAAAUAAAAAAAUUUAAUGUACAAAAGAAAAUAAAUUAAUGUAAAACAUUUACAAAUAAUUGUGCGGCGAUUUAAUUAGAGCGUGCAUUUUAAUUUCGCAAAUUUUAAAUUUAAAUAAUUUUUCUAAUACAAUUCUAAUAUCUAUAUUAUAGAAUAAAUCUACGCUGAAUAAAUACGUUUUUUUUUAUGCUCAUAUUUCGAACUUCCUUGAGUAUAUUAUAUUUGCUUAUUAUUUUGUUUUAAAAAAAUACUCUCGAAAAAUGUUGAAGUGAACACAAAAAUAAAAUUAUCUUUUGUAGAACAAUUCACUGUUAUUAUUAUUAUUAUUCAUCUUCCUAGUUUCCUUAUUUCGAUUGAAAUUGCGAACACAGAUCAUUUUUCGAAUAUUUAUUUACUUCCAGUAAGAGAAAAAUACGGGCAGUUUUACGAAUUUUACCCCCAAAGGCACACGCUAUUCAUUUUACUAAAUAAAGUGCAAAUAUUUUUUCUAAAUGUGCCAAGCUAUUUUAAUUUUUUUUUUUUUUUUUUUUAUAUAAAUUUCAAAACUGUAUAUAAUUUCUUUUUUUUUUUUUUUCUUCAACAAUUCAGGUAUUUAUCAGAGCUAUAAUCGAUUUACGAUUGUGUAUGAAAAAUAUUCUUGUAAAUACUGUGUAAAAAAUUUGUUUAUUUUUUUAUUCGAUUUAAUCGUUACCUAUAUAGGCGAAAGUAUAAUAUUAUAAUCCCUUUGUAAGAUCAACAAAUAUUCAUUGGUCCUAAAAAUUCAUUUACGUCUAUUAUCACUGUGCGAUAUGGGGAUUAACGCUAAUUAUUUACGCGCGUCUCACAGCUUUUUGCACACUACACAUUGAUUGCACAAUAUCGAUUGGUAACUGUCAAAAAAAAAAAAUAAA